CCUGACAACAUCCUCUUUGGAAUGGAUGGAGAAGUGAAGAUCGGGGACUUUGGUCUGGUCACCAGAGAUGAUGAUGAUGAUGAUGAUGACUUUGCUUUAAUUGAGAGAACACGACACAGAGGAACAUCGACUUACAUGGCUCCUGAGCAAAUAACGGGGAAGACCUAUGACCGAAAGGUGGACAUAUUUGCUCUGGGGUUGAUAUACUUUGAACUCCUUUGGACACUCUCUACUGGCCACGAAAGAGGAGUGGUUUGGAAUGAUGCCAGAAGUCAGAAGCUCCCAGAAGAGUUUUCACUGACUUUUGCCAAAGAGAACGAAAUCAUCAAGUUAAUGCUGAGUGAGAAGCCAGAAGAGCGUCCUGAAGCAAGUACAGUAAAGGCAGAGCUGGAAAAAUGGGCUCAGACACACAAUUUGGAUCAGGAAAGGGCUACAGUCUAAUCAUCUGGAGAUCUCUCUGUUCAAUGUCAUAGGAUAAAAUGAUUUGAUUUGUUAUAUAUCCCUUGUGUGGUGUUCGGGUCAAAUUGACCCGAUUUCCAUUUUCAAUGAAUAAAAAAAAAUAUAAGGAUA